UAUUUGUUUAUUUAACAUUCGAGAUUGUGGUAAAAAAAAAGUGCACAAAAAACAACACAAAUUUAAUUACAAUUAGGCCCUUAAGCCUAUUUGAUAUUUUGAUUAGAAAUUCUAAUGGAUAGUGGUACGAAUGAGUUGAGAUAUUUACUGUAUUUGUUCAACAGGUUUGUAAUUUUCCUUUUAUCCGAGGAUAGCCAAGUAAAAGAUGCGUUUAGUGGGUGGGAACUAUCGGUUAAGAUACUCUUUACUUUAUCAGUAAUUUUAAUCUCACAAAUCAUCUAGUUUUGUUGUAGAAUUUUCCCAGCCUGAUUCAUGAUACGUUGUAUUCUGUUAUAAUCGAUUUUUCUUAAAUUACCAUACAUAACUUCUAAACAAAAGUGCGCUUUCAGUAACAGAAGAAUAAAAAAUGCUCUUAUACAUGUAUCAACAUUGAAUGACCGCAAUUUUAUUUAUUGUUGAUACUUGUAAAAUGAACUUUUUUAUUCUUCUGGCAAAACAUCAACCUAAUUCUAAAAAUACUGCAUAUCGGUGUCAACCAUAAUUCAAAGCAAAGGGUAUGAACAUUUAUUCAUUUUAUAUGUUGUUUCCACCACCAAUGUAAGUCAUUAGUAAGCUAAAUUAAAAUGUGUUGUCAAUCAAUUUUAAGACAACAUAUCGAAACAACAAGGUCUUAUACUGAAAAUUGUACUGAGGUUUCACAUAAUGUAAUAAUAUAAGCAUAAUUGUAAGCCCAUAUUUGACAGCAUAUGCAACAAGAUGUCAACUGUUGUUUGAUUAAAAUCAUUGUUCUAUUAUAUCACACAACAGAAAAUUGUUAUAGAAAAAUAACAUGAACGUUGAAAGACCAGGAGAAGAAGAAACGUUUGAGUAUUUUAAAAUUGGUUGCUGGAUAUAUGUCACUCUUAUCGUAAUCAAUUUUGCGAAUGUGGUCGGUGUUCCAGGCUGGGUAAUUGGCAGUGUUGUAGGUUUCUUGACGCUCCUAUUUUGGCUUAAGGUACAACGAAUUCCCACUGAAGUUGCCAGCCGUCAGUUAGAAGUGAAUAGGCUGGAAUUAGAGAGACGGCUAAGCGAAUGGACUGAAGCACGAACGAGAACAAUCCGGCAACUCAACGACAUUGCUGACAAAAUAUCCAAAAGAAGACGCUAUUGCAAUUAUGCAAAAACAGCUGUAACGUGUUUGGCUUUCCUUGCAGAGUUUACUACUCUGUUGACUAGUUUUUAUGGAAUCAAACUUCCUAUCAACGGGAAUACUAUUCGAUUGAUGUUGCGUGCAACAGAAACAGCUACGGACCUCACUGCUGAUUUCAUAGCCGACACCAGAUCAAGCAGAGGGGCUCAAGAAGCUGAUAGAGUAAUCCAGGAAGACAAUGAACAUACGUUUACUAUACUGCGUCAGCAGCAAAAGAGAUACUACUUGAGUCUGGUAAGAUACAUGGAAUUGGCAAGAAGCAUGGAUAAUGUGGUGGUGCGAUAUAGGAUAAAUGGUAACUACACAGAGGUAUUCAUAGCGGUUGGGAGCAUCGUUAUGACGAGAAUAGCAAACUUGAACAAUAACAACAAUAGAGUGAAAACCGCCGUAACAACGUGUAUCAACCAUGGAAAACUAAUUUCUUAUUUUAUUGGAGAGACAAAACAAUCUGGAGAGACAACGCCACCUGGAAAGGCUGAAGUUGCGAUUCGUGUAUUAGUUAUGGUUGCAGAUAUUGCAAAAAUUUAUCAACGCUUCAGUGAAAUUCUAGCCGGGUCGCCUGACGCAGCCGCAGAGGAGAUACGAAGAAUAACAAGAGACCUCGAGGAACAAAUACCUACAAUAAAUGACAUAAUAUUGGAUUCAUUAUUUAGAGC